UGAUCAGCAUCGAAGGCAAGGAGUUUGUGGAGUCAGGACAGAAAGUAUACCUUAAAUGCAACACAACAGAAGGUGAUAAGAUUCCUGAAGACCUUGACUGGUUUAAGGAUGGGGACAAGAUAGAAGCCAACGAAUACCCACAUAUAUUCAUCACCAAAUCUAAGGACACCAUGGCCUUAGUUAGUGAACUGACAAUUACCAGCGGUACAAGCAACGAUUCUGGUACCUACAUCUGUAGAAGCACGUCUGAGCUGAUUGCCAGUGCAGAGGUCAGCGUACUUGUUGCUAAUCUAAGAAAGAAAAGAAGGAAUCUUUUAGGC